CAAUUCAUGUUGAAGCGUUUUGUCGUUCCUUUGUCCCGGACACAACAAAGUAUGCCCCAAAGAGGUAAAGGAAACUUUGAUUCAUUUCUACAAAAAGUACGGGAAGGAACCCGGGAAGAAGUAGAACAAACCCUGCGUCCUGCUCUCCAUUCCCAUCCAAAUCCAACUGAAAGAAGUUACCGCCAGAAACCGUCUGACGCCCUUGAAGCAGGCGAUGCAUAUGAGGUCUGGAAACUUCUACCGCAUCUUAAUGGGUUAAGUAAGUUUAUCGAAUCAGAAUUGAAGAGCCUCCGCGAUAAGAACGGGAAGGAAGAUUUGCCGAGCGAAGAAGAUCGAUUAAACCUAGAUAUUCAAAGCAACCCUCUGUGCUUAAGUCUAGAAUGGCUGUGGAGGAAUAAUCCACAGUCUCCUCAGCACGAGGAAAGCGAGAAAGGAAGCAUUAUUGAAGCAGCUCUUGAUAAUGCUUUUCUACUGGAAAAAAUGGCUUCGUACGAAAAUCACUUCAGCCAUGAUAAAUACAUGGAUCGUGCAGAGGAAUGUGAAAAGUUUGCCAUAGACAUCGUUGAGCAAGUAAACGACAACAAAGAGCUGCUGCACAAAGUCAUGGAUAUCGACGGAGAGGGAACUUUGGUGAAGGAGAAGUCCAAUGAUUUUAUUCGUAGCUUAAGUCUGCUCAAGAUGGCUGCUAAUAAAGAGCGCAAAAUGUUUGUGGCAAGCCCAAACUGUCAAUUUGUUCUUGACGAAGUCAUCUACCACGGAUAUCCUGGUUGGCGAAAUAGGGGAAUCGGGAUUAAAGCAGCCUGGUGCUUGUUUCAACUUUUACUCGUCAGCCUUACGAUCCUCUUUUACAUCCCACUUAAGUUAAUUCGCAAGAAUUUCCCGUGCUGCUCUGGAUUUGACUCCGACUGGCUGAAAAAGCCGUACCACUGGCUGAUAAUGCUAUAUGAGCAUCCUUACUCGAAGUUUCUUAACCACACCAUGUCAUACAUUAUAUUUCUGGCUUUAAUCUUUGGGUCAUCUUUUGAGUACAAGUAUGUGCCUGGCAGAGCAGGCCUUACGUGGAUUGAUUUGGUUAUAAUGCCCUUCGUCCUUGGCCUACUAAUACAGGAAAUCGUGGAAGCCUGGAGGCAAGGUGCUUUCAUUUACUUCUCAAAGUGGUGGAAUGUUGUUGAUACAGUGAUUAUCCUCACAUUCAUAGGGGCCUACGGUAUAUGGUUGAUCGCGUGGGGCGUUUACGGAGAGUGGAAGCCUGAAAAAAAAGUUUUCAUCUAUGCAGAUGGCAUUUAUGCCAGUGCUUGCGUCGUGGCCUAUUUUCAUUUGGCACACUUUUUCCAGGUCAAUUCAACGCUGGGUCCCUUACAGCUGUCACUUUACAAAAUGCUGAGAGAUGUCCUUAAGUUUCUUUCCAUCUUUCUCCUUCUCUACUUUGCGUUUGCUACUGGGGUGGCCAAGAUUUACUCGUACUAUGAAGCCUCUCAAAGAGAGCUCCAAAAGCGGGACACCGAAACCACUGACUACCAACUUUCUCAUCCAUUUUCAUUACAUACCAACACUUUCAUUGUCUUGUUCUGGUUGCUGUUUGGUGGUGGUGGACAGGAGGAGAGCAUUUCAGUGCAGGAUCAAGAUUUCACUCUCAUAACCAAGUUUGGUCGCGUAUUUAUGGGAGCCUACGUCAUAUGUACCAUCCUUGUUGCCCUCAGCAUGCUGAUUGCUAUGAUGAACGACUCAUUCCACGAAAUCAAGAAAAACGCUGUUGUAGAGUGGAAAUUCUCAAGAACCCAGAUGUGGCUGGAAUGGAUCGACAAAGGCAACUCUGUUCCGGUUCCAUUCAAUAUUCUAUAUGAGGUUCUGUACAUUUUCUUUUGGUUUUGGUGCGGCUGUCGUGAAUCACUGUGUUUCAAAUGCAAAGAGAAUAACCAAGUCUCAAGAGAAGGUAUUCCCGGAUGCAAUUUUGAACGAUGUGACGGCAGCAAGGACUCAGAAACUUCCGAUAAGAAGAGUGAUGAUAACCAAGAUAAACCGUGUUGUUGUUGCUGUAUGAGAAAAUGCCGUUGCCGCGAGAGUUGUUGCAAGAACUCGCCACCUUCCACAACCAAGUUUGUGGCAAGCCCAAACUGUCAAUUUGUUCUUGACGAAGUCAUCUACCACGGAAAUCCUGGUUGGCGAAAUAGGGGAAUCGGGAUUAAAGCAGGCUGGUGCUUGUUCCAACUUUUACUGGUCAGCCUUACGAUCCCCUUUUACAUCCCUCUUAAGUUAAUUCGCAAGAAUUUCCCGUGCUGCGGAUUUGACUGCCACUGGCUGAGAAUUCUGUAUGAGCAUCCUUACUCGAAGUUUCUUAACCACACCUUGUCAUGCAUAAUAUUUCUGGCUAUAAUCUUUGGUUCAUCUUUUGAGUACAAGUAUGGGCCUGGCGGAGCAGGCCUUACGUGGAUUGAUUUGGUUAUAAUGCACUUCGUCCUCGGCCUACUUAUACAGGAAAUUGUGGAAGCCUGGAGGCAAGGUGCUUUCAUUUAUUUCUCAAAGUGGUGGAAUGUUGUUGAUAUAGUGAUCAUCCUCACAUUCGUGGUGGCCUACACUGUAUGGUUGGCCGCGUGGGGCGGUAACGAAGAGUGGAAGCCUGAAAAAAAAUUAUACAUCGUUGCAGAUGCCAUUUAUGCCAGUGCCUCCGUCGUGGCCUAUUUUCACUUGGCACACUUUUUCCAGGUCAAUUCAACGCUGGGUCCCUUACAACUGUCACUUUACAAAAUGCUGAGAGAUGUCCUUAAGUUUCUUGCCAUCUUUCUCCUUCUCUACUUUGCGUUUGCUACUGGGGUGGCCAAGAUUUACUCGUACUAUGUUGCCUCUCAGAUAGAGCUCAAAAAGCAGGACACCAAAAACACUGACUACCAAGUUUCUCAUCCAUUUGCUUUACAUGCCAACACUUUCACUAUCUUGUUUUGGUUGCUAUUUGGUGGAGGUGAACAGGAGGAUAGCAUUAAAGUGCGGGAUCAAGACUUCACUCUCAUUACCUUCUUUGGUCGCCUAUUUAUGGGAGCCUAUGUCAUAUGCACCAGCCUUGUUGCCCUCAACAUGCUGAUAGCUAUGAUGAACGACUCAUUCCACAAAAUCAAGAAAAACGCUGAUGUAGAGUGGAAAUUCUCAAGAACCCAAAUGUGGCUGGAAUGGAUCGACAAAGACAACUCUGUUCCGGUUCCAUUCAAUAUUCCAUACGUCGUUCUGCGCCUUUUCUUUUAGUUUUGGUGCAGCUGUCGUGAAUCACUGUGUUUCAAAUGUAAAGAGAAUAACGAAGUCUCAAGAGAAGGUAUUCCCGGAUGCAAUUUUGAACGAUGUGACGGCAGCGAGGACUCGGAAACUUUCGAUAAGAAGUCAAUGAAUCAGGAACGCCUUAAAGCAGUAAAAACUUUGGUCGUAGAAUAUCUGAAAAAGCACUACGAAGCCAAAUGGAAUGAAUGCAGGGCAGCAACUACCUGAAGGGACUCUGAAAAGGAUCUACCAUCAGUGUGCUCAGGCUGAAGAUAAUCCUUGUUUGCUUUGUUUUGUUUCAAAUGUGAACAGACCGAUGUUUUAUCGUAGCCUGUACAGUUUUCGUUUCUUGAUGCUAGAUGGUAGUCUUUCUCUAAGGCCAAAGUUGACGAAUGCACAUACUGUAGGAAAGCUAGUGAAGAUUUAAUGAUAUACAGAGUCGAAAGUUUUUGGGGCAAAAAAAAGUUGAGAAGCCAACUUCAACGUUUUAAAAGCGGCUAUUACCAACAGAGGUCCCCAAAUUUGUAAUGACCACAAUUGUUACUUUAAGAAUGAUGAUUAAUUUCUGAAAUCAGAAAAUUUAAAGUAUGCUCUAGAUGCAGUUUCAACUCCAUCUUCUCCAUUCCAAAGUAUCUAUCUUUGCUUGAGUGUUACCACGAUAUUAGCUUAAGAUUGGCUAAACCACUUUGAAAGACGGGAGGUUUACAUAUGGGUAUUUCGAAAUAAACCAGGUUCUAGAAGGAUUUGACUGAUGAUUACAUACUAAGUUAAAUUACGCACGCAUUUGAUUGGUUAUUUCUCAUGAUCUAUUAGUGGACAGACGCAUAGAUGACGUCACUAUUAGCAACACUUUCUUUUUUAUCAAAUAAAACAGAUAGAUUCCAUGGUGCCGUGGGUUUAUUCUAUACUAAUAGGGACCUUAAGCAAACCACGAUGGCGACGGCAGCGAGGACGUGACGAAACAAAAGAUCUAACGAGCAGUACAAUAGCUCACUCAGAACGUGCAUUUUUAAACUGUGCACAUUUCUUCGCCGUUCUCUGCAAAAUAGCAACGUGAAAUCAUCAAAAUUUGCGUGGUCCGAGAAAGGAAACCCUAACGGCAAAUUAUUUCAGUUUCUAGUUGGAACUCAACGCCGCCCUCAUACUUCAUACUGAGGUUAACGUAUGGCGCCGUUAGAGAUGGUAAACACAUGCAGUCAGUCAGCGAAAUUCCAACUAAAAAUUUGUAUUCAUUUUUAAAUAGACGUCUUCCUUGGCGUCCUAACUGCUAAAGGUCCCUAAUAGAUCACAAAAGACUUCAAAAUAUGGUAAGAAUAUCAGGACACUCGGCCGUAUUUUUUACGUUCCGUUUAAGGUUCUUAUCACAAUUUGAUGUCAUCUGUGAUCUAUUACUGAACAGAAGCACAUGUUGGCUGGAUAAUGUAUGUAUAUUACGUAAAAGUUACAUGUAAAUCACUUCUGAGAGUUAAAGGGUUAAACAAAUCAAAACUAGAAGCAAAUAGCUGAAGAUGAGCCAAAGGAGGCUAGUAGAUCCUGACAGGCUGGUAUCACCAGUUCAAUGGGAAUGUAUUGUUACUUUUAGUUAACCUGGUUCCUGUUAGUUUUUUUCUAUUCUCAGACAAGAAGAUUGAGUUUCAGACUCCAAAUACUUAUACAUAAGGAACGAGUGAUUUGGCCAGGUUUAUGCCCGCAGUUGUUGACUAGCCAUUGUUGUCAAGACCUUUUCAGUCAAGAUCUUUGUUCAUGGCCCAUAUGUCUCCUGUUGCGUUUGAUGAUGACUUGACAAGACAAAAAGAUGAUGUGCUACGAGCAAUCCUUCCUCUUCGGCGAAGGCUGUCGUGCGAGUCCAAAGUCUAAGAAUAGCUAAGACCAGCUUGUGGUUGGAGUAAUCUAGAAAUGAAGCAUGUUCGUCAACUCGCAAUUAGUAGUCUUGUAGCAAAACUUGCAUGGGAAAGAUUAAAGUGACUAAAAGAACUCCAAAAAAGUCGCGAGGUUUUUU